CAUGGACCUAUUGGCAGCUGCAGUGAGAGAGGAAUGGAGAAGCCAAGAAACAUAAUCUUUAACAAUAGGGUAAUAAUUGGGUAACUUUCACACCUUUUAAAGCUCUCUCACGUGCAUUAUCUAAUUUGGUCCUCAUAAAUCUGGAAGAUGGGUAUAUUACAGGGGAUGAGGUGGAGUGGUUAGUUGUUACAUCAUACACUUAAAACCACACAGCUAAAAAAUGACUGGAUUCAGACCAGACCUUAAAAGCCUCUUCUCUUUACCUUGAGCCAUGCAAUCAAGUCCACAUCGUCACCACAGCUUCCACCUGAUCGCGCCCUGGCUUACUGCUCUGUAGUCUACAGGAUACUGCCUGUGGUUUUAUUGAUCAGGCCUUGCCUCUUUCCAAGAGGAAGCAUUUCAUUGACAUAUUUCUAGAUAAUGAAUUGUCUUUGGCUUUGAGGAGAAGGUAGCCAGGACAGAACGCGAAUCUCGUGUUAUCCACAUCCAGUCAUGUGGUUGCUGACAGAGCACAUGGGUGUGUUCUGAGAUGCCAGCCCUUGCAAUGUCUGGUUCCUUCUAUUUUCAGGCCCAAGAAGCACAUCCUGGGGAGGAAAAUGCGGUGUGGAGCCCUGUGCCACCUCCUGUGGCUUUGGCCUUCUCUGGCCUACAUUCAAGCUGUGCCCAUCCGAAAAGUCCAAGAUGACACCAAAACCCUCAUCAAGACCAUUGUCACCAGGAUCAGUGACAUUUCACACACGCAGUCCGUCUCCUCCAAACACAGGGUCACCGGAUUGGACUUCAUUCCUGGGCUCCACCCUGUCCUGAAUUUGUCCAAGAUGGACCAGACAUUGGCAAUCUACCAGCAGAUCCUCACCAGUCUGCCUUCCAGAAAUGUGAUCCAAAUAGCCAACGACCUGGAGAACCUCCGGGACCUUCUCCACCUGCUGGCUGCAUCCAAGAGCUGCCCCUUCCCCAGGGCCAGUGGCCUGGAGACCUUGGAGAGCCUGGGUGGUGUCCUGGAGGCCUCACUCUACUCCACAGAGGUGGUGGCCCUGAGCCGGCUGCAGGGGUCUCUGCAGGACAUGCUGCGGCAGCUGGACCUCAGCCCUGGGUGCUGAAACGCAGUUGGCCUCUCUUCCCCCAAGGCCUAGC